ACUACUUCCGGGUUUAUGCCUAGCUAGUUGCAUGUGUUUUUAGCAUUAUGCCGCUCAUAGUAAUGUGUGGUUUUCCAUGUAGUGGCAAAACACGAAGAGCGGUGGAAUUACAGCAAUACUUUGAACAGAAUACAGAGAGAAAGGUUCACAAUGUAGGGGAUGGAACGUUGGGAAUUGAGAAGAACGCUGUAUACGCAGAUUCUCAGAAUGAGAAAAAUGUAAGAGGAUCUCUAAGAGCUGAAGCAGAGAGGAGAAUCAACAAAGAGGAUAUUGUAAUUCUGGAUUCAUUGAACUAUAUCAAAGGUUACAGAUAUGAACUUUUUUGUCUGAUCAAACACACACAGACGCCUCACUGUCUGGUUUACUGUUUGACGUCAGCCGAAGUGAGCUCAACAUGGAACACAGAAAGGGAUGUUGAAGAGCAGUACACUCAGGAGAUCCUAGAUGCGCUGGUGCUGAGAUUUGAAACUCCAGACUCCAGGAACAGAUGGGACAGCCCACUUUUCACCGUUCAGAAAGAAGACACACUUCCAUUUGAAGCCAUCUCUGAUGCCAUCUUCAAAAGGAAAGCACCCCCUCCUAACCAGUCGACACAGAGUCAACCACUGUCAUCUACAAACUUCUUGUAUGAGCUGGACAAAGUCACACAAGAUGUGUUGAUGGCAAUUCUCAACUCCCAGAAGACAAGUGUUCCAGGGGAUCUCAUUGCUGUUCCAGGAGCUACAGAAAAGAUAGAACUGACCAGAAGUCUAAACAUGGCAGAGCUCCGGAAACUACGACGCCAGUUCAUCAGCUACACCAAGAUGCACCCGACAGAGAAUAUCGGACACAUUGCUAACAUGUUUGUACAGUAUCUAAACAAGAGUAUACAUUGAUGACUUUUUAUUUUAACGCCUUUGGUUCAGGUCAAUAAAAUUAAGGGAAUGCCUUGUAUGAUAUAUUUACAUUGUCUGAGACAAGUAC